CCCGCUGUGGGAGUCGGGGGGCCUUUGCGCCUGAGCCGAGGGCUAGGGUUGCACCACGGUGACUUCACACGCAGCACCAUGUGCAGCUGAGCCUCCGUGCAGCAGUUCUCCCGCGAGGUGGGCAGCGAGCUCAGUCUGGCAGCCGCCGCCUCCCUCCAGCCCCGGUCUGGCCGCAGGCAGCCGCUGCCCCAGGACCAGCGAGGGGAUGGCCGAACAGGAAGCCAGUGGGCUGCAGGUCCUGCUGCGCACGCUUCAGAGCUCCUCAGACAAGGAGUCCAUCCUGACCAUCCUCCAGGUUCUCGGAGAUCUGCUUUCUGUUGGCACCGACCGAAGGAUUCGCUACAUGAUCAGUAAAGGGGGCAGCGAGGCCCUUCUGCAGACCCUGGUGGACACAGCCAGGACAGAUUCUCCAGACUAUGAUGUCCUCCUGCCCCUCUUCCGACUGCUGGCCAAAGUUGGCCUACGAGAUAAAAAGUUUGGACAGAAGGCACUAGAAUUGGAAGCACUCGAUGUGACAUUGAUUCUGGCCAGGAAAAACCUGUCCCACAGCCAGAACCUCCUUCACUGUCUCUGGGCUCUGCGUGUAUUCACCUCUAGUGUCACCACGGGGGCCAUGCUGGGAAUUAAUGGAGCAAUGGAACUGCUUUUCAAGGUCAUCACCCCUUAUACCCAGAAGCGCACCCGAGUAAUCAGGGCAGCCACCGAAGUUCUGGCAGCAUUGCUGAAAUCCAAGUCUAACAGCCGCAGGGCUGUGAACAGAGGCUACGUCACCAGCUUGCUCUGGCUGCACCAAGACUGGCACCACCAAGACGUCGCCAAUACCUACGUGCUGAUCCGCCGGGCGCUCCUGCUCAGCCUCAAGCACAUUGCCAACCUCCGGUCUGGCAGGGAGGCCUUCCUGGCAGCCCAGGGCAUGGAGAUCCUCUUCAGCACCACCCAGAACUGCCUGGACGACAAAAUCUUGGAGCCUGUCAUCUCCAUCGUAAUUCAGAUCCUUAGACAGUGUUACCCAAAGAGCCCGCUUCCCCUGGUCACACCCAGCAGCGCUUAUGCCUUCCCGGUCCCUGGGAGCAUCCCCUCCGAACCUCCGUGUGUUCUAGCCGAAGAGGAUUUUGAAGAUGAUGCCGAUGAGGAAGUGGAUAAAGAUUCAGACUCUGAAGAUAUGAAAGAGCAAGAUGAUGACUUGGAAACGGAUGUGAACAAGCUAAGUUCCAAACCUGGUCUUGACCGACCCGAAGAGGAACUGAUGCAGUAUGAGGCGAUGUGUCUUGAGCUCUCCUGCAGCUUUGAGGAACUCGAGUCUAAACCUGCAGAUGAUUUGAACUUUGAAGAGACUCAGCAUGCCAAGCACUACCACAUUCCGACUGCAGCCUCCCCAAAGCAGCAUUGUUUGACUGAGGACCAACGCCCCUGGGGGCAAGAAAGAGAAGACAUGGUCCAGACUUCCCUCCCGAGUAUGGUGAAGAUGGGGAGGUCCGCCAUGCAUCCAGCCUCCAAAAAAGGCCCUGGGAACACCGCAUACCAAAACAUGCAAUCAAAUGGUCUUGGGAUAGAUUCUUCUGGAAAAGAAAUCCCUGACAUUCAAGCUUCCCUCAAACAGGAUGCUUGGGAUAUAGACGUGAUUUCCUGCCCAAUGAUGAGUGCCUCCUUCUCCAAUUCCACUAGGCCUACAGAAACUGCUGAAGUAAUAGAUAAGCUUCUGCAGACACAUCCCAAGCAUAUCCCCUUCCAUGACCCCUCUCUUUAUAUGGCCAAAGCCAGAAGAACCAGAUCUGUAGCUGACUUCAAGAGGAUGGCAUUUCCUGACCUCUGGGGUCACCGUCCACCUCCCUCUGCUCAGUCAAUGCUGGAGCGGAAGUGUGGACUCCAAAGGAUCAAGAUAUUUGAGGAUGUCCGGAGGCUCAUCCAGCCAAGUGAUGUUAUAAAUAAAGUUGUCUUCAGUUUAGAUGAGCCUUGGCCGUUGCAAGACACCGCUUCUGACUGCUUGCGGUUCUCCUCCAAGUUUGAGUCAGGAAAUCUUCGCAAAGCCAUCCAAGUGCGUGAGCGGGAAUACGAUUUGCUGGUCAACACUGACGUGAAUAGCAGCCAGCACCAGCAGUGGUUCUACUUCAAGGUGAGCGGCAUGAGAGCUGCUGUCCCUUACCGCUUCAACAUCAUCAACUGUGAGAAGCCCAACAGCCAGUUUAAUUACGGGAUGCAGCCAACUGUGUAUUCUGUGAAGGAGGCUCUUCUUGGCAGACCCACCUGGAUACGGAUGGGCUAUGAAAUCUGUUAUUAUAAAAAUCAUUAUCGCCAGAGUGCAGCCGUCAUGGGGGGAGCGUCUAAGAAGUGUUUUUAUACCCUCACCUUUGUGGUCACUUUCCCGCACAAUGAGGAUGCCUGCUACCUGGCCUACCACUAUCCCUACACCUACACAGCCCUCCUGACUCACCUUGACAUCCUGGAAAAAAGCGUGAACCCCAAGCAAGUCUACUUCCGCCAGGAUGUUCUCUGCCAGACGCUGGGAGGGAAUUCGUGUCCAUUGGUGACUAUCACGGCCACGCCUGAGUCUAAUAGCGCUGACCACCUGGAGCAGUUCCGGCAGCGUCCAUACCAGGUGAUCACUGCCCGAGUGCACCCGGGAGAGAGUAAUGCCAGCUGGGUGAUGAAGGGGGCCCUGGAGUUCCUGGUCAGCAGUGACCCCGUGGCUAGACUCCUGAGGGAAAACUUCAUUUUCAAGAUCAUCCCCAUGCUCAAUCCAGAUGGUGUCAUCAAUGGCAACCACAGAUGCUCACUGAAAGGGGAGGAUUUAAACAGACAAUGGCUCUCUCCCAGUGCUCAUCUUCAGCCAACAAUCUACCAUGCCAAAGGACUCCUGUACUACCUGAGCAGUGUGGGCCGAAGUCCCAGGGUCUUCUGUGAUUUCCAUGGCCACUCUCAAAAGAAGAAUGUAUUCCUUUAUGGUUGUAGCAUAAAGGAGACCUUGUGGCAAGCAGAGUCCACUGUGGGCACAUCGACUCUCUUGGAAGACAUCGGCUACAGGACUCUUCCCAAAAUCCUUGAUAAGCUAGCCCCAGCAUUCACAAUGAGCAGCUGCAGCUUCCUCGUGGAGAAAUCCCGAGCCUCCACAGCCCGGGUGGUGGUGUGGAGAGAGAUGGGGGUGUCCAGAAGCUACACCAUGGAGACCAGCUACUGUGGUUGCAACCAGGGACCCUAUCAGGGUCUCCAGUUUGGCACCAGUGAGCUGGAGGAGAUGGGAGCCAUGUUCUGCUUGAGUCUCCUCAUCUUGGAACUCAAGUCUGUAAGCUGCAGCCAUCAGCUCCUGACCUGGGCAGCAACUCUCCUGAAUGCUGAUGAAGAGACCCUGGACCACCACCUCCAGGGACGCAGCAGCAGCGUGACCUCAGAACUGGAUGAUGAGCCCCCCUGCAUGGAGGAAAUUGAUUACAGUACAGACAGCAGCUCAGACCCAGAAGGGAGCUUCUCUGAGCUGGACCGGCAGAUCCAAGAGUGCGCUUUCCACAAGGAUGAGGGAGGGGAAGAAGAAGAGGGGCCAGGCCAGGGAAGAAAAGCCAUCCCUUAGCCCUGAGGUUCAGAGCGAGCUCCAUGUCUCUAACCAUGGACUAGCAGCUCUGUUGUUUCUUUACCACCACACAUGUACAGCAUCGGUGCCAAAAGCCAGCCCAUGUGAGCCCAGCAACCUAAUUCCAGAGUUUGUUCUAGUUUCAUUAGGCAUAGAGACUAGCUAUGUUACAGUUAUACCUUUUACAUACAUAGUUAGGUGGCCUUUGGAGCCCAUGCAAGCUGCCAUUAUGCUAGAAAGGGCUACACGCAGGAUUACCAUGGAUCCUCUCAGCACUAUUUUGAGCUCUUCUCCCUUCCUGUGCUUGAAACUGGAGGAGCCUGGAACUAGGAGUUGGGCUUCUUUUUGGCUUCUCAGCCAGAUUUCUAUAUGGUUGUCUAAGUUGUUCUACAUAUGAAUGUUAUCUCCUCUAGUUGUCUUCCUACUAUAGCAUCUGAGCUCCUCAGCACAAGUUAUGAGCCCCACUGAGACUUCUGAGGGUCCUAGCAGGGUAUUCAGCUGCUGAAUUAUUGAACAUGAAUGGAUGCACAAUGGAGAAUUUGCAAGCAUCAUGCUUAGUCUGUUUUAAUAGUGUAUAUUUUACAGAUCCAGUAUAAUCCAGGAACUGUCCUAGAUUCUAAGGGAAAAGGCACAAUACUGAAUAAGACAUGGCCAUUGGUCUUUACAAACUUUAAAAUCCUAUGAAUUCAGGCCACUAACCAUAAUGCUGGAAGGCAGCAAGUCGUAGUGGAAAAAUCAUUCAUUUCAGAUUCAGACAGACGUGGCUCAUACCCUGGAUAUGGCAAUCAGUUGUUAGGAGAACUAAGGCUACUAAUUAGAUUUCCCUAAACCUCAGUUUUCUUAUACAUACAAUGGAGAUGAACAUUAUCCAUAUUAUAAAGUUAUCAUGAAGAUGAAAUGAGAUAAUAUAUAAAAGCAUACAGAUUGGCACAUGGUAGGCACCCAAUAAUGUUGGCUGGUUUUCCUUCAUAACACAAGUAGAACAUUCUGUAUAGGCAUUCUCAGUUACAGAAAACAUUACCUACAGUCACGUGGUUAGAAAGUAGUCCCUCUUCCUGGAGGGCUUCUGGGAAGGAGGUUACAGAGGAGCAGAGUGUAGGAGGUUGGAAUGUCAUAAAGUAAGUGAAAUUGAGCAAGGCCCUUCGGCAUGCAGGGGCAAAUAGCUUAGAGAUUUGGAUGAUGUCUAGGUGUACAGGACUCAUGCAGAAAGGAUGAGAAGGGGCAUAAAAGGCAGAUACUGAAUGAGAGAUAAGAUGGAGAAAAUAUGGUAGGUCAAAUUUAUGUUUGUCCAGAUGCCAUAUAUAUUUAGUUAUGAUUAGGUUUGGCUAUGAGAGAAGGAGAAUCCAAAAUUGCAAUACCUUUGUAAAACAUAAUCUGUUUAUCUUUUAUGUGGAUUCCAGAUAUAGGCAGGCCAGAGCUGAUAUUGUGAGUACCAGGUGUCCAGCGCCCAGUUUCUAUUGCUUUCUAGCUUUGCUGUGUGUUGCUUCUACUCUUAGUCUAAGAUGGCUGCUAAAGCAUCAGCUUUUGCAUCUACAUCCUAGUCAGCAAUAAGAAGGAUAGAAAAAGAAGAACACAUUCUCUAUAUUUCAAAAAGCUAUACAUUACACUUCUCCUUAAUACCACCAUCUAACAAGUGGUCCUGUGGUCACAGGUAGCUGCAAGAGAGGGUGUAAAAUAUAGUCUUUAUUUGAGUUGGGCAUAGGGAAAAGGGAAUAAUGCAUACUGGGGAUCAAAUAUUGCCAAAUACUUCUCCUGAUAAGCCAAUCACCACCUUGAGAUUUUGGAAACAAUAAUUUCAGAAAAAACUCACAGCAACCCUCUAGACCAGCAGAAAGCCACACCAUAGAACGUUGCCAUAAUUUAGCCCCAAGGCAUAGGAGAAAGGCAGGCGUGUUAUGAUCCGAAGAGCUGAUAUUAUUAUUAUUAUUGCUACUACUAUUAUUAUUGAUAAUCCCUUCUUUUUCCAACUCCUUUCCAAAUUUCUUUGCUAUAGUUCAGAAACCACAUAUCCAUUCUUGGUGUUAAGACACUCAGAUGUCUGAAAUGUAUAUAAGAAGUUUAAAGGAAAUAGCAAAGACACCACAUUCAAAUCCCAGAUAACAGCAGGGCUUAACUUCUCUUAUAAACCUUUCCACUCUUAAAUAGAGGAUAGCAUUAUGUUUCUGUUCUCCCAUUGCUUGGAGGAGUCAAGAAGACAGUUGCAUUGAAAAUGUAAAUGUUGGGAAGGAUGGAAAUAAUUGUGACUCAUCAUCGCCACUUUGUGUGCCUCAGCUCAAAUUUGCUUAUGGGAUGAACUUCUGGUCACCUGACAUGUUUCUGAGGGCAAGUGACUAGGACAUGUAAAUUUCUACUUGGAGGUUCAGGAAAAGCCAGUGACAUGGGACAUGGAUUCAUCCAUUUAGCAAACAUACAUUAAGCACCUACUAUGUGUCGUGACUUUACUAAGCUCUAAGAAUGCAAGGAAAAGGACCUACUCUGUUUGCAAGUGGGAAAGAUAAGCAGUAAACAUUUCAAUGCAGUGGCACAAGCCUUUAUGGAGCUUUGCAGAAGAUCAUCUAAUGGGGCAGCAGUGGUGGGAAACGUGUACCAAGAGGUGAUAAUUGAGGUGGUUCUUGAAGGAUGUGCAAGAGUUUUCAGGUGAAAAGGAGAAGAAACAUGCUAAGGAGUAGAAAGAGUUUGUGCAAAAGCCCUAGGGUGGGGUUAAAACUUGGAAUAAAAUUAUUAGUGUGACUGGUUUAAAAGAUGUGUUUGUUUGUGGGGAUGGGAAGGGAGUGACAAGAGAUGAAAUUGAGAACAUUGGCAUUGAAAUGAUCAGGCAACAUUGACAUGCCUUGAUGAAAAGGUCAGUCUUUAUUCUGAAUGUGCUGGUGGAGACAAAGAAUCUUCAGCAGAAGCAUGCCCCCGAAUGAUGUCUGUGGGCAUGCAGUGGGACCGCUGUCCUGCUUGCUUAUGACUGAUUGACUGGAUACCCUGCUAUGGUGGUAAUUCAGUAAUAUGAGGACCCUAAGUGUGAACUUACCCUAUUUGUAGAUCAGCAGGUUUGCAAUAAGAUGAGAGAUAAUGAGUGCAGUUUGGGGUCAUGUUGAAUACUGGGGGCCUAUGGCAGGUCCAUGAGGAAAGGACUUCUAGAAGUAUAUCAGUAGAAGGAGAGGUAUAUGCAGUGAGAUGGGGACUGGUGAAAGUCUUGAGCAACUAAGCCCAGGUGCCAGUCAGCCGAGAAGGAGUUUGUUCAGAGGGAACAGAAGAGUUAGAGAGAGAGCUGACUUCCGUCCCUUCCUGCUGGGACUGAAGGCCAUUCUGUGUCACACCUCACUCGUUUUCGGUCUUGGGGCCGAAGAGAGGGCUCACUGGCAAGUCAACUCCAAAUAAUGAUAGGAAUGGCUCUUCUAGCCUGGCCAGACAUGUGUCUUGUUGGCCAAACGACUAUAGUGAAUUGUUCUGAAAACCCUGUUCCCCCAAACUCAUAGCCAAACAAGAUUACUCAAGGAUUCCAGGCAGUGAUGGGCUCUAAUGGGAAGCAGAUAUGGUUCAAAGUGUGCAGGGGGGAUGAGAGUCUGGAGAAGUGAUGCUGGAGCCAGACCAUGGGCACAGGUGUCCGGUACCAGCUGGUACCCAGUGCUCUGCCUGGCAGGGCUAGGACUCAGAGUGGGCUGGGCAAGGGGGCUGCAGUUUCCUGGGGCACCCUGUGCACUUUCUCUGAUGGGCAAACAUGGGUAGCUGGCCUUUUACACCUCUAGGGCAGUCCCAUUAGGGGUAGAGAAGUACAAGGCUUCUUGUGAUCCCCUAAGGAUCAUACUUCCACGAUUCCUUAAGGGUGGAAUAUGCAGGCUGCUC